AUGCUCGCCGUUGCAACCAACAGAUCAGAGACUCCCGUCACAGCUUUUCGAUUGACACAGCGGAUCAAUUCGUCAAAUUUGUCAAAUUUGAGAUGGAUUCAAUACAAAGCGAGCGACGGGGAAUACCCAGACGCUGUGAUGGAAGCUAUUGCUCCAGCGUAUGCGAUGGUUCAGGACCCGGGGCCGUCGGAAUACAAGAUAACGAGAACGAUAGCCUUCUGGGACGGAGACUCCGAGUGGAAGCGGCAUCAUCUGAGACAAACGCUUCUAGCGGCCGCUCGGAAGUACUUCGCUAACGAGAAAGAUACCAGAUCAAUCUAUAUCACCCCCGGUUUGAUGGGAAGAUCGUUGAAUGAUGCCAAGAACUCGUACCAUUUGAUUAUUCUCAAUAGCGAGAUAAAGGAGGUAUUCGACACAGAGACAUCGCAUGUGGUUCAGAAACGGGUGGCGAUGUCGAGGGCCCAGAUGCUGACUCAAAUAACUUGCGCCUUGGAUAAGGAUGUUGAGCAGGCGGAUAGAACCAUCCACGCCCAAGUGGCACUACAGGACAUCCUCGACGCGGAACCUAAAAGGGAAUUCGAAGAUAUUCACCUUCCGGUAUUCAUCAUCUAUAUGAUGGAUGAAUGUCCUGAAAUUACUAUCGAUCGUCUCCGUGUUUGCUUCGUUGUCAAGGAGCCGGCAUUCGCUGAGGCUAUCCGUCGGCUUUAUGUGUUGGGGCUCAUCUACUACGGCAUGGAUGGAGUCAGUGUACAUCUCAACAUUUCCCAGGCCCGGAGGACUCUUGACUUCUUAUCAACCACGGGAAACGACUUGUCAGUAGCCUGCUUUCUGAGCUGCAUAACAGAGGACACGCCCGCCACGGCCCGGUCCGCGAUGAUCGACAUUGCGGCUAUCGUGCUCACGUGCCACGCUUUAAAUCCCUUCUUCAUCAUUUCACCCGAUCACUUUGCUGACGAAGAUUCCAUCAACGGGCUAUUGCAGCGGCAUUGCAUAGACGUGCCAAGCGAUGUUAUCAAGAGUGGCGCCAUGUGGUUGGCUUUGGCUAUCUUCCGCCAAUACGAAGAGGAGUGGCAUACUGACAAGGGUUUUAUCAAAUUUGAGGAUGGGACGCUUACUCUUUCAUCCAAUACAUGCCGCAAAAUCAGUUCCCGUGCAAGAAGGAUCGACCAUCGUGUGAACAACUUGAUCCCGGAGGCUCAGGACAACGCAUCAGAAGCGACGCUCGGAAUUUCUCAUGAAGACGUGGGAGAAAUUCAAAGGUGCAUGGUUCGUGCUUGGGCACACAACGUCCUUCUCCCCGACGGCAGAGGUGGCCUGGACAGCAUCUUUUCUGGGACCUCGAUCAAGCUAGUUCCCGACCAAGGUUUGCGACUUCCUCAGGACGCGCCACUACACGUACUCAGCUUUGGAUUCGCUUUGUUUGAAACGGAGUACUAUGCAUGGCUUCCGACGGUCAUACCGGAACAGAUUCUUUUCGAUACUGUUGGCGAAAUGGGCUGUGACCUGGUGGACUUUGCUACGGUAUAUUUUGAGGAGGACGAUGAAGAUCAUUAG